ACCUCUUCAUUCGGGCAACGUCAUCCACAUUCGCCUUACUGUGUCACUAACCAUCAUUUCCACGUUAUAUACUCAAGCAUGGAACACGUGUUAGCACUACUCUACCUCUUGUCAUCUCCCGUUGCUCUUCAGGAGUUCAGGCAACGCAAUCCAACAAACCUGGGAUCUGACUUCGACAAUCUUUUCUCUCAAUCGAAGCAGAAGAAGGGGCGCACGAGCUUUCAACCUCUCAAUUCUUCUAGGCUUCCUAAUCGUGGUGACUCACUUGCAUGUUCUGCUUCUCAGUCCGUCAUGAAGGCUCUUCUCCCUACCCCUCCUGCGUCGCCCUGUCUUGAGGAGAGCUUUUUGCAAUCUCUCGCUCUUUGCCACGCGUCGUCUUCUACCCCAGUUCGCCAAUCUUGCGACAGCGCCGGUUAUCUUGAUUCCAACGACAGCGAUUUCUCGAUGACUAGUGCAAAUUCUAGCUCGUCCACACUAUUCGAAGAUAUGCCCGGACAUUUCUCGGCGAAAUGGUGUGCUUUGAAGUCUACUUCAGCUUGCACAUCAAGUUCGAAGGAUCCAGCGUCGCCACUUUUCCAAGACUCUUCUAGCCACACCUCUACCCCUCAAGCAAAAAUCUAUUGUGAUCAGGCUAUCCAAUGCGGUGUUUUGGAUUCGUGCCAUCGUCCAGCCCACGUCCACCUCUACCAAUGCUCCACUCGAGGCUGAUCAGGUUCUUCAAGCCCUCAUCAAUCCUGGCAUUUAUUCUCCUCCUCCGAAGGCCUUUAGUGAACGACCAUCCAAAAAGAAAGUUGAUGCUUGGCGGUUCACUCAGCAGAAUGAGUUCAUGGACUUGAAGCUUCUCGUGAUCAGCGAGUUGAACCUACGUCAAGACCAGAAAAAGGUUGAAAUGGCCAGCUCUUUGAAUGAGACACCCAAGCGUGCCGUCCACAGGCUCAAGGAGAAGAGAUACAGUCUUCCUGUUUCAAGCGAGUUCAGACGCACUGUUAUCGA